CAGAAAGCGCUGAAGGAGAUGUUUCCCAUUGAAUCUGGGGACAUCAACGUGGAGAACCGGAUCAUCCCACACUUGCCAGGGAAUGAAUUCCUGAUCCAAAGAGCUGACGGUUUGUCCCCAAGCAAGGUGCAGGUCAGCAAAAUUCCCCCUUUUAUUUAAUUUCCUGCUUUAGAGGAGGCAGGAAGGAGUAUGAGAAAUAGCUGCGGGUUGUGGUCAAUGCCUCUUGAGGAGGAAUAAACCUGCACCACCACAGCAGUGUGGGUGCCACGUCUUGAGGGGGCUCCCCUCAGGGUCGGUUGGACUAACACGGCUGUGCCGGGACCCUUCCCAUGUGCUGCCGCUGCCAUGCUGGGACUCUUCAGAGUGUCCUUGUCCCGUUUGGGGAACUGAAAGCACUGGGGGAUGAGGCAGGCGUCAGACUGCUGCAGGGGGGGUGGGGGUGUCAUGGGCUGCACACAUGCAGCCUGACAUGGGGUUCAACACUGCUGUGGGUCAGGGCUGCCAGCAGCAUUUUGGAGCCCUGGGGUCAAGACCGGCUGCUGCAGGACAUGCACCAUGGCCAGUGGGACAGAGGUGCAUCUCCCCCAGCCACAGGCUGGUCCCGAGCCCCUCCUUGGGCCCCGGUGCAGCUGCUGUAUUUGUAGACCAGCGGCUGGGCUUAGUCUGAGCACAGAUGUGGGAGUUGUCCUGUAAGUGAAAUGGAGUUGAACGGGGUCUUUUCUGGGCUUGCACGAGCUAUGUAAGGGUCCAUGGGCUGCAGGGGGAUGAGUCCAGCUGCACAGAGCUCUGCUCUGCGCUGCCCAUGGCACCCGGGCUGCGCGCUGCACCGUGCUCACCUCUCAAGCUGCAUUGCCAAAACGAGGAACCCGCAGCUGUAGCUCUUCUGCAAAGCAGCUGUGGCCCCGCAGUCAGCUUCUCCCCAGCUUUUUCAGCACCGUGCAUCGCCCUCCAUGUGCAUGCCAGGGCCAGAGCAGCAAAGGAGGAGACAGGGCCAUGCUCCCACAGAGCUUCACCUUAUGGGCACCAUGCAGCCAUGCAGCGCCCUGGGGCCAAAUCCACUUGUUUUCAGGGAAAAAUUAAUGAUUCAGAGCAGCCUGCUUGGGAAAGUUGUAAAAACAGGGCACUCUGCUUUUUCUGAGUGCUUUCCCCUCUCCCCCAGCACCGAAGUGGUUUGACGGGCAGCGCUCGACGCAGAACAGGCAGGGCACCCUGACUGAGUACUGCUACACGCUGGUCAACCUGCCCCACAAGAUCUCCCGAUGCCUGCACGUGGUCAACUUCUUCAAGGUCCGUCACGAUGACAUGAACCCUGUCACAGACAGCCAAACCAAGAAGCCCGAGGUCUUCCUCCUGCCAAAGGAUGCCAAGAAAAACCCCACCGACAUCACGGGCCCCAUUGUCCUGCAAACAUACCGAGCCAUCGCCGACUACGAGAAGAGCUCCACAUCUGAGAUGGCUCUAAAAGCUGGGGACAUGGUAGAUGUCGUGGAGAAGAGCGAAAGCGGAUGGUGGUUUUGCCAGGUGAAGAAUAAACGGGGCUGGGUGCCAGCUGCCUAUCUGGAACCAAUGGAUGGUCCUGAUGAGUCUGAAGAGCAGGAGCCCAACUACGCAGGUGAGCAGUACAUUGUCCAGAAAAGCUACACAGCCAUGGAGGAGGACGAGCUGACCCUCAAGGAGGGUGAUACCAUUGAAGUCAUCCACAAGCUGCUUGAUGGCUGGUGGGUCAUCAGGAAGGAUGAAACCACAGGUUAUUACCCCUCCAUGUACCUGCAGAAAGCUGGGGAGGCGAACACCUCUGUGAAGAGUGAGCUGAGGAACCGGAUUGCUCCUCCACGGAGAUCCACCAUCCGAAAUGCGAAGAGCAUCCACAAGCAGAGCCGGAAGCUGAUCAGCCAGGAGACCUACAGAAGGAACAGCAAGAAGUACAUCCAGAGCCAGAGGAACAUGAAGGAAAACUUGCAGAACAAGGCCAAAGUCCUCAGUAAGUCUCAACAGGGCUUUUGCCCUGGAUGUGGGCUGAAGUCCUGCAGGCACAGCUCAUGCCCUCCAAUGCCUGUUGCUGGAGCUGUGGCACGAGCAAACAAGCCUGGGAAUCCCUGUGCCACGCUGAAAGAUCUGGAUGGGGAGGAGGAAACGAGUCUUCUUUUCUCCAAACCCUCUGCACUUCAUGCCCCAAGGUUGGGCUGUCCCUACAGGGCAGCACGGCCUCUGGCUCUGCCCCAUCACAGGUGGGAGGUGAUGCAGUAGGACAACACAUGUAAGUCACACGUUGCCUGUCCACCCUUCUCCUGUGGGGAAAGCAUGUGCAGGGAGGUGUUUCUUUUCAAUGAGGUUUCUUACCUCUGGUCUGACAGAGAAGGAGCAGCACAUGGUGGCAUUUCUGCCCUCAGUAGGUCCUGGUAAAGGUAAGCCCACAUUUAGGACCUGUGCUUUCCUCUGUGCACCUAACCUCACCCUUGCUGCUCUUACCAUUACCAUUAUCAUGUAUGUUAGCUGUCAGCAAAGCACACAGAGGGAGGUGGUGCAUAAAGAAG